CCCCGGGCUCGCGCUCGAUUUGGACCUUCUUCCCAGGGUUCUCUUGCAGUUCCUUCCCAGUCUCCUCUGCGCGGCUCUAUCUAAACUCCCUUCUCUGCAUUUAACCUAGACCGAGCUCCCUGCGUGCAUCGCGCGCUGCCACAGGUACAGGUCACCCGGAAUCAACAUGUCUGGGACUGAGGAAGCAGUUCUUAGAGGCCGUGGCAGCCAUCCUUCCUCUGCUGGUGGCAACUCUGUAUUAUGCUUUGGACAGUAUCAGUACACAGCAGAAGAGUACCAGGCCAUCCAGAAUGCUCUGAGGCAGAGGCUGGGCCCGGAAUACAUCAGUAGCCGCAUGGCUGGAGGAGGCCAGAGGGUAUGUUACAUUGAAGGUCACAGGGUAAUUAAUCUGGCCAAUGAGAUGUUUGGUUACAAUGGCUGGGCACACUCUGUCACACAGCAGAAUGUGGAUUUUAUUGACCUUAACAAUGGCAAGUUCUACGUGGGAGUCUGUGCAUUUGUGAGAGUCCAGUUGAAGGAUGGCUCAUAUCAUGAAGAUGUGGGCUAUGGUGUCAGUGAGGGCCUCAAGUCAAAAGCCUUGUCUUUGGAGAAGGCCAGGAAGGAGGCCGUGACCGACGGGCUGAAGCGAGCGCUGAGAAGUUUCGGGAAUGCACUUGGAAAUUGUGUUCUGGACAAAGACUAUCUGAGGUCACUAAAUAAGCUUCCCCGCCAGUUGCCUCUUGAAGUGGAUCUAACGAGAGCAAAGAGACAAGAUUUUGAACCAUCUGUGGAACAAGCAAGAUACAGCAGCUGCCAGCGGAACGUGGCUCUGGCAGCCUCCGAACCACCGGAGGUGACCUCGCCUUGCAGACCGAGCCGCUCAGAUGAUCCGCCCACUGUGGUGCAGGAGGAGAAGGCCAGCAGCUGCCGCCUUCGGCCGCCUGCCGCCGUGAGCGAUGCCACGUAUGAGCGGAAGCUCCGCCAGAAACGGUUGCAGCAGCAGUUCCGGCAGCAAAUGGAGGAGCAGCGGCAGGCGCAGCUGUCCGCUCCGGCGGCGGAGCAGAAGACUCCGGCAGCACUGUCAGCACCUCCUCCCAAGCACAGCACUCCCGUAACUGCCGUUUCCGAACCACUCACAGAGGACUUCCUUACAGUGCUUUAUGUGAGAACACUGGUUGAUGCUGCAUUUUCUCAUGAUCUCGGUCCUCGCCUCGCAGACAGUCUUGGAAUGGGUGAUAUGGAUCUAGAUGCAAACGACAGUGAUGUCAAGUCCUUGUCUAAAGCAGAACUGCUCCAGACCUCUGCUACACCAGUCCUGAAGAACCAGGUGGUAACCUGGGACAGGACCCCACAGAACCUCUGUCACCAGAAUCCACAAGCAAAAUCUGGACUCUCGCACCUCCAAACUCACAACAGCAACCGAGAUGUAACAGGAAACUGUGGUAUCUAUGGGAAGAACCAGGACUUGAAGAAAAGGAAAUUGGAUCCAUCCUAAUGGAGGCUCAGGUCACAUCCUUGGACUUUGUCACUAAGGGACUUUCGAAGACUACUUUUACGUCAUAAAACUGUUCAUCAUUCCUAGGGAAUGAACUUUAUUUCCAAGGAUUUACCUUGCUUCGUUCUGAACUUUACCAGAGGAUUUGACUAUUGGAGCCUUCUGCAGGUAAAGCUGAGCAGUCAGAAAACAAGCGCUCUAAGAAAGCUUGUCACACUCUGCAUCGGGGAGGCUCUGAGAUUAAAUACCUUUUCUUUGGCUCUUGAGGUUCUUCACUAUUUAUUCCUAAGCUACUAUGUUAGUAUGUAUGGAAAUUUUAGGAAUCCCCAGUGCCUACCUGCCUUCAAGCAAUAUUACUAAACACCAACUUUUACAGCUGCCUAUGUGAAAUUAUUGUAAUAUCUGCCUUUCACCUUGGCGCUCAGUGUUUAAUGUUGUCCACGCCAUACUGUGUAUCCUUCCAAGAACAAAAGCUACCAUGGUGUUUAACUACCUUGCAUCAAUACAGGCUGCGGUCUUCAUCUAUGAUAAUCUCUUGUUCAAAGGUUUAUGGUGUCACUAUCCUGCAGUUUUUUACCUAAUCAAGUAAAUAGAUUCUAAGACCAAAGAAAAGGCAUUUUAAGAAAGCAAAAUAAAUUUUCCUUUGUAACAAAAAUAAAAGUGGGUGUUUGUAUUUCUCCAUUUCAGAUGUGAGAUAUAACCCAUCUUAACAUAAAUGGGUUUUUUUCAUAGUUUCAAAUGUUUCAUAAUCCUCCCCCCCCCCCAGCCAUAAUGAGUUUGCAGGUUCUUUUUAAGAUGCAUCUUGGGCUGUGCCCUUUCUCUCAUCUUCAAGCUGUGGCUUUUAUUAAUUUUUAGAUCACAGAUCCAUUUGUGGGAAGCUAUGAACCCGAUGCAAGGAACUCUUAAAGUACAGGGAGGUAGCCAGACAUUUUUAUUCCUAUGGAAGAUGAAGAGGCGCUAGCUUACCCUGAUUUCCCCUUUAUCUUAGGUCUCAUUACAUGGAUUUGGUCAUAUGUUCAUCUUUUGGUUUUGACAUCCUUACCAUUUUUUUUUCCAGAAAAAAAAUCUCUCCCUUGUCUUGAAGAAUAAUCUUAGUUUAGUUCAGAACUGCUACUUUAAAAAAGUUCCUGGAGUCAGGAAUCCAGUUGUAAGUUGCACACAACUCAAAACUGAGCUAAUGAGAUCAUGAAAAAGGCAUUUGCUGGAAAGAAAACCCCACGGCUCAACAAAAGCAAGUUUGGUUUAUUUGAAUGGUUUCAUUAAAUAAGUCUACAAAGGUAACAAACUGAAGCACAAAGCGCAAUCUUACAAGAAGCGCAACACCCAGAGUUAGUGCAAAAUGUACAAUUAACGGCUGCUGAGAAACCCCCAAGGUUUGAAUUGUUUAUUUGCUUUUUUAAACAGUGUACAUUGUUAAAUAAUGUAAGGAGAACAUUUAUAAUUCAGAAAGAUUUUUGUAAUGUGGAAAAAGAUACUCAAAGUGUACUAUUAACACAAAAAUAAUUUAAACAGUUCAGUAGCACUAGUUCAUUCCUCUAGGCUUCAGUUACUUCAUCCACAGGAGGGGAAAAAAAAAAUCAACAGUAAAUAAAACCAGUUCUUACUUUUUGUGUGUAAGUGAUCUCAAAAUUAAACCAAAAUAACAAAACAUUAUGUGCUGCAUUUGGUUCCCUCGUCCUCUGGUAGAAAGUACGGUUUCAUUCAUCUUAGGUGGUCUGUUUCUCAUUUACUUGGCACCUUCUUCGUUCUAUCCUGACUCUCACCAUCUCCUCAAGAAUCUUAAGCAGAGAAUAAAUAAGUAAACAACUU